CGCCCUCCUCUGAAAUCUACGUGAACUCCCUCACUAUCGGGAACUCAGUUGCUCGUAUCCUGGCCAUCUACCGAUACAACACCAAUUGCAGUGAAUUACACCGAGUUCCCAACUAUUUCUUUUUGGCAGAAUUUUAUCGUAGAUUCUGCGGUGACAAUAUGCUCAGCUGCAGCCUGAGCCUCGGGCAAGGAAGAGUCUCUUCCGUCUUCAAUCGCCCGAAGUACUCGUUGAGAAUUCCUGUCAGCCGAAGUGUAUCCCCGCCUGCUCGUUCCGUCCCUUGGACUGCCAAUUUGGUACAAGCCCGUCGGAUAACAGCCAUGGCGAAUUCUGUUUCCUCUGGAACGAGCGUGGAAUUGGCUGCACCUGUGACGGUUGAAGAGGAGGCUGCCACAUUGAUAGACUUUUUGAGCCGAAGGGAAGGAGCUUUGGAUGACGGGCUCGCAGUCGUGCUAAUGCACCUGCAGGCGGCCUGUAAACGCAUUGCCGCCCUUCUUGCCUCACCAGCAGCACUGCAGGUGACAUCCUCCAUGAAGGACUCCAUCGGGGCUACAACUGCUGCAAGAGAUGUCCCCAAGCCCUUGGACAUUGUCUCGAACGAUAUAAUCAAAGCAGCUUUGAAGAGGAGUGGAAAUGUAGCAGCUCUGGCUUCUGAGGAGGAGGAUUCAGCUGUGUGGUUCGGGGAUGGUCAGUAUGUGGUUGUUUUUGACCCCUUGGACGGUUCUCGCAACAUUGACGCGUCUAUUCCGACAGGAACGAUCUUCGGUAUUUAUAAGAGCAUCCCAGAAGCAGAAGGUUUACCAGAGGAAGAGAAGGCAUCAAGGAAUGUUCUUCAACCUGGUUCAAAACUUUUGGCUUCAGGCUAUGCUCUGUAUUCUUCAGCUACAAUGUUAUGCUUGACGGUGGGAUCUGGCUGCCAUGGAUUCACUUUGGAUACAUCUUUUGGCGAGUUUGUGCUCACUCAUCCCAAUCUACACAUCCCGAAAAGAGGUCAGAUUUACUCUGUAAACGAUGCCAGAUAUUAUGACUGGCCGGCUGGUCUUAGGCGCUACAUUGAUGACAUCAGGCAAGGUAAAGGUCAGUAUCCCAAGAAGUAUUCAGCUCGUUACAUAUGUUCCUUAGUCGCAGACCUUCAUCGCACUAUUCUGUACGGUGGGAUCGCCAUGAACCCUCGCAGUCAUCUAAGACUUGUGUAUGAAGCAAAUCCAUUGAGCUAUCUUGUGGAGCAGGCCCAAGGCAAGGGCUCAGACGGGAAGAGAAGAAUAUUGGACAUAGAGCCAACGAAGCUGCAUGAGCGACUGCCACUCUUUCUCGGAAGUCCUGAUGAUAUCUUAGAACUUGAAAGCUAUGGAGACGUACAGCAGUUGGUCAAUCCUGGCUACGAGGUCUAAAUUUACACUCCAUAGAUCAUAAUCUUUGUUGACUUAUGAACUGAGUGUUUCUUCAGUCAACGUCAUCCAGUCUUGUCAGGAAAUUUGUUUCAACCUUAAGAGAAUAUGUGUAAUAUGAUCUCAGUCCCUUGCAUGAGUCGUCGUUCAACGCUCCCUCUUCUUUCUUCACAUUCCGGGUGAGAUCGAGAUUUGGCCCAGAAGCAUCGUUUAGUGAAAGAUGAAAUCGCUCUUAUGUUUCUGGGAACUUUCCACUUUGUAACAGAUUACACCAGGAAGCAGAGUUGGCCUUCGGCCAACUCUGCUUCUUGACUUAAUGCAUUCAAGCAUCAAAUUGUAGGUUGCUCAAGCAGAA